AUGAUGAAACUAAAAAUAUGGACCAGAUUUCAUCCUCGUUUUAUCGUGCAUCACCUCCACCCCCUGCUGGGGAAUCCUCUCGGAUGCUGGGGGAACAGCAAUCCAUGCAAAUCAGCAGAUCACAUGCAGGGCAGCAUGUGAUGAUGCUAGCUGAUCCUGGAACAACAGAUGAAUUCAAGCUUAAAGCUGCCCAAGAACUGAGCGAAAAUUUUGAGUUGAUCAUUGUUCAACCUCAGUAUCCAGCUUUUUUGGAUCUAGCCAUCAAGACAUUCAUUAAAAUACUUCAAGAUGGGGAAGUUCAUUUUAUUGCAGAAAACAGUAUGCAGCAAGUGCGAAAACUUAUUCUGGAAAUGAUUCAUCGUCUUCCAACAAAUGAUUAUCUUCGACCUCAUGCAAAAUCCAUUUUAGCAUUAAUGUUAAAAUUAUUAGGAACUGAGAAUGAAGAAAAUGUUUUAGUAUGUUUGAGAAUUAUUAUUGAACUUCAUAAACAGUAUAAACCGCAGUUUAACCCUGAGAUCCCCAAAUUCUUGAGUUUCGUGAAAAACAUAUAUAGAGAAUUGCCUAAUCAUAUGCAUAAAAUAUUGGAACGGCGACCAGCAAUUAAAGUUAAUGAUAUUUCUGAUGUGAACAUUAAAGCACUGUUGGGUGAAACAUUCACAGUAACCCUAAUUCAGAGGGAACGAAAAAGUGCUGAAGAUGCUACAAUUGUGUAUAAUUUAAUUCCUAAAGCUACAACAUCCCUUCAAGUACUUCAAGAAUUGCCUGUUAUUGUUGUUUUUAUGUUUCAACUGUACAAAGAUUAUGUUCACCAAGAUGUGGCAGAAUUCAUUCCACUCAUAAUGGCAACUAUUACACUUCAACCUACUGCAGCCCAGAGAGGAAAUCCUAAUUUUAACAAAGAAAUAUAUGUGGACUUUGUUGGUGCUCAAAUCAAGACCCUUUCUUUUCUUGCAUACAUUAUAAAAUAUUAUCAAGAAAUAGUUACCCAGCAUUCUACAUACAUGGUUAAAGGUGUGCUAGGAUUGCUGACAGUGUGCCCUCCAGAAGUGACUCAUCUUCGUAAGGAGUUAUUGGUAGCUGCCCGCCAUAUUCUUUCGACUGAGCUGCACGUUAAAUUUGUUCCUUACAUGGAAAAGCUUUUUGAUAAGAAUGUGCUCUUGGGUAGAGGCUGGACAACUCAUGAAUCAUUGAGACCUUUUGCAUACAGUACCUUGGCAGAAUUUGUACACCAAGUUCGUGACACUUUGCCUCUAAGUGACUUAACCAGAGCUGUUCACUUAUUUGCCAUGAAUGUUCAUGAUGAGACCUUACCAACGAAUAUUCAAACAAUGUCCUGUAAACUCCUUGUAAAUCUGGUUGAUUGCAUAAGUGAAAAGGAGAAUGGAAGUGGAAGAGAAUUACUUUUAAGAAUGUUGGAAGUUAAACAACCUCAGGCAGCUGUAUUGAAUGCUGCUGGAGCAGUAGCUCAUCCUACAACUAGUAUCUCAACCCUUCUGAAACUUGCAACAAAUCCUGCCCAAGGCACUGCAGCUUCAGCUACCACUCCGAGUGCCACCGUCAAUACUCCUUUCACACCCUUAAUAAGCAGUCUUCCAUCGAUGCCAGGGACUUUACCAUCAAGUGCUGGUUUACUAGGUACCACUGUUGGUAUUACAGGACUAACUGCUGGUAGUACUUUACUUGCUAGUGCCAGUGGUGGACCAGCAUCUGUUCAGCCUGGUCAAGGCAAUGUUCCGAAAGAGGAAAAAUCACGAUUUGGAUUUCCAGUUAGUCAGGCCAACACUUACAGUGUCACAGACUGUCGCAAUAUGGUUAAAACACUUGUGGGGGGUGUUAAAACCAUCUCGUGGAGUUGUUGUGGUUGUAAGGGUCCAGGAGCUGACAGUCAAGGUCCAAGUAGAAUAUUCCAACCCAAGGAAGUCCGCCUCUUUAUUCGACUAGUGAAGUGGGCGAUGAAGGCAUUUGACAUUUAUUCCCUUACUGUUAACCCUUUGAUGCCUGGAGUUGUAGUUGCAUCUCCUCCAAGAGCAUCUAAUGAGCCUGAUGUUUUAAAACGGUUUGCAGCAGUAUUUACUAAAAUGCAUCCACAAAAUUUUCAAGAAAUUUUUCAACACUCAAUUGAAUAUAUUGUAAAUUCCAUAAGCAGAAAUCUUGCACUCCAAGUAUUAGCAAAUUUCUUUUUGGAACCAUUGGAACCUAAUACAUCAACUUCUCCAAUUUUUGCCACUAUUUUGUUGGAGUAUUUGCUAGAACGAAUGGAUGAGAUUGGCAAUAACACUGAAAAAAGUAACUUAUAUUUGAAACUGUUCAAAAUUGUGUUUGGAAAUGUUGCUGAGUAUCCUGUGGAAAAUGAACACAUGCUACGUCCGCAUCUGCAUAAAAUUGUUAACAGGUCUAUGGAAUUAGCAAUGACUGCAAAAGACCCAUACAUAUAUUUCCUUUUAUUGCGAGCUCUCUUUCACUCGAUUGGUGGAGGCAAGCAUGACCUCUUAUAUCAAGAAUUCUUGCCUCUGUUACCAAACCUUUUGCAAGGUUUAAAUACUCUUCAGAGUGGGCUUCACAAACAACAUAUGAAGGAUUUAUUUGUUGAGUUAUGUUUAACUGUACCUGUGCGGCUCAGUUCAUUAUUGCCAUAUCUAUCUAUGUUGAUGGAACCUCUGGUUUCUGCCUUAAAUGGGUCACGAACACUGAAUUGCCAGGGGUUGCAAACAUUGGAAUUGUGUGUUAACAAUCUCUCAUUGGACCACUUUUAUGAAUACAUUCAACCUGUUCGUGCAGAGCUGAUGCAAGCUCUUUGGAGAAUUGUUUCUAAUCCAUUAGAUCAGCUAUCUCAUGUUGCCUUUAGAGUUCUUGGAAAAUUUGGUGGAGGAAAUAGAAAAAUGAUGACAGAACCUCAGAAACUAAAUUAUAGUACAAAAUACUCACCUGGUCCUUGUAUUCCUGUUUAUUUUGUGGAUCAACAAAAACCAAUAGAGUUUCCUGUAGAAAAGGUAAUUGAAACAGCAUACAAUGCUCUAAAGACUAGCUCCACUGAUCCUGAGUAUCGGAAACAAAGUUGGGAAGUUAUCCGUUGCUUUUUGAUUGCAUCUCUUGACCUCUCUGAAACUAAAAAUGAUAUACAACAAUUCUUCUCUCACCCAAGUUUUUCAGAUGCAGCUGAGAAAAUUGCACCAAUUCAAGGAAUUCCAUAUAAAAUGCCAGAUAAACAAUCCCGCCAGACUCACCAAACAGCUGUUACUGCCAUGUUUGUUGCUUUUACUAUUAAGGAAUUAACGAAGAAUGUACUGCCUACCUUUGCAUUUAUAGUAAGUCACUACACAAUGUUGGCAAUUGCUCAACAAGCAGUGGGAAAGCAAGCCAACCAGCAUGGUAUGGAUGCUUUGGUACUUAUUGAUGCACUGGCUGUAAUUAUGGGACAUGAAGAAAAGGAACUUUGCAAAUCAGGUCAUUUAGCAAUGAUGUUUCUCCUCAAAACUGCUUCAAAUAUUCUGGGAUCAGAGGAGAGGGCUUGUAGACUGCUUAUAAUGGAGUAUUUAGCAGAACGGAUGUGUUCUCUGUGCUACGACAGUGCAUGGUAUGCAAAGCUUGGUGGUUGUAUUGCAAUAAAAUUUAUGUUUGAACGUAUGCCAUUGAGAUGGGUAUUUGAACAUUUGUUUCUUUUCUUGAAAUCACUACUAUUUGUUAUGAUGGAUCUUACUGGAGAAGUAUCGGGUGGUGCUAUUGAUAUGGCAAAAACAAAUUUAAAAAGAUUACUAUCUCUGUGUGCUGCUCCAAUUGACAGAGAUAAGUCAAAUGAAUCCUUGUAUAAUGUUCAGCAGAAAUGUUUAUAUGAAGUAACUUAUGAGUUAAUGCGGCGUGUGACAAGUCCAAAUACUCUUCUGCGAGAGCAGGCAAAACAGUCUUUGGAGGUUCUAGCAGAGAUUCAAGGGAAGACUGUCACGGAAAUAAUGGAACCUCAUAAAGCCAUUCUUCAAGACAUGAUACCACCAGUAAAACAUCUUUUAUGUCAUCAACCAGCUAAUGUUCAAAUAGGGAUUAUGGAUGGAAAUACCUUUUGUACAACUUUAGAACCUCGUCUCUUCACCAUCAAUUUGGCAAUUGCAAAACAUGAAAGUUUUUUUAAUGAAUUGAAGUCAUUGUGUGAAGCAGAAGAUGCUGCUUUAAAGAGACUGUCAUGUUACAAAGCCAUUCCCAGUCUUAUCCCUUUGCGGAAAGCAGCAUAUCGUGUAUUAGCGGCUUGCCACUACAUUGAGAGUCGCCGUGAACAAAUUUUUAAUGUUUUAUAUGGUGCUUUGGAAAAGAACAAUCCAGAAAUUCAAGAAGCUGGUUUAGAAUGUAUGAAAAAGUUUAUAUCUGGUUUUCAGAUUGACAUGGCAAUGGUUCAUGCUGUAAUGAGGCCACUUCUGUGUACUCUGGGAGAUUAUAGAAAUCUUACUCUGAAUGGAACCAAGAGACUGUCUUACCUGACUAUGCUUUUUCCUGCCAGCUUUAAAGAAGUGUUUUUGGAACAGUUACUCCAGCAUCUAAUUAAGCUAUUAGAAAUAUCAAUUGUUUCACAUAAAACAAGUCAGCAAGUCGGUUUACGAUAUGGUGAAAAUGAAAAGAAAAUAGAAACGAUUAUUUCAAUAUUUUAUCAUCUGCCUUCAAUAAGUGGUAAAUUUUUGGAAUCUGUUUGUCGACUAGUCUUGCAAACAGAGAAGAGAUUGAUGAUUGAGACUAGUUCUCCUUUUCGUGAGCCACUGAUGAAGUAUUUGCUGAAAUUUCCUCAGGAAACUGUUGAUUUGUUCUUGAAUGAUAACAACGUCAAGGAUCAGCAAUGGAGUAGUUUCCUCGAGUACAUUAUUAAGCACGAAGAAGGUAAAGUUCUUCAUGAAUACAUCCAGAGAUCCACUGCACGAUUGACUACUCUUGCCUUGGCAAAAACUCAGAACCAGACUGCAACUCCCGCUGAAAAGGCAGAAAUGCAGUAUAUGAGUAUUCGGAUAACAUCCAUCAUGAUCAAAUAUGAUGAUAUUUGGCUUUCAUCACAACAUCAGCUUGUGAAGGCUUAUAAAAAUUUAUGGAUGGAUGAUACGUAUUUGGAACCUCACAAGAAAUUGGAAGCAGUUGAAGCACCACAUUGGAAAGAGCCCAAAUUAUUAGUUCGUGUUUUGCUUCAUUAUUUUUGUCAUCAUCCUAACGACAUAGAUCUCCUUUUCCAAUUGUUGCGGGCACUUUGUGAUUGUUUCAUUCCUGAUUUCCAGUUUCUUCGCGACUUUUUGGAAAAUACAGUCUCUCAGAAUUAUACUGUGGAGUGGAAAAGAACAGCAUUUUUCCGUUUCAUUGAACAUUUCCAGUCAACAAACAUGAGUCAAGAUUUGAAAGCAAAAAUUCUGCAACUGAUUCUUAUCCCGUGUUUUGCUGUUAGUUUUGAAAAGGGAGAGGGUGAGAAGCUUAUUGGUACACCAUCAACACCUGAACAACCAAAUCCUGAAAACUGCGUAUCAGUUUUCAUUAGUAAGGCUAUUGAUCCUGACAAUCCCUUUGCCAAUUCAGAUGCAGUAAGGAUAUUUCUCCUCCAGUUUUCAUGUCUUCUUUUGGAACAAGCAUCUUCUCAAAUAAAAAAUGCAGCAAAUAAACGUCAAGACACAAAAGUGCAGCGCUUAUUUCUUUUUGCUUCUCCAGGCCUUUUGGGAAAGAAAUGUGUUGAUCCAACUACAAGAUACCAUGGUCAUUUGCUCUUGUGUCAUAUAAUCUCAAAAUUUACUGUCCAUAAACGAAUCAAAGAGCAAGUAUUUCAGAGUCUUCUUAAAGCUCACGCUUUUGAAGCAAGGACUGUGGUCCGGCAAGCUCUGGACAUCAUUACUCCUUUAAUUCCAGUAUGCAUGGAGGAUGGAUACACAAUUUUAACACAUUGGACAAAGAAAAUAAUUGUGGAAGAAGGGCACUCAAUGCAACAGUUGUUUCACAUGUUGCAGUUAGUGGUUCGCCAUUAUAAGGUGUAUUUCCCAGUGCGUCAUUACUUGGUUCAGUACAUGGUAUCUUCUAUGCGACGUUUGUGCUUUAGUCCUAAUGCCACAAUGGAACAUCGAAAGUUGGCAGUGGAAUUAACUGAAGUAAUUAUUAAAUGGGAUCUUCAACGAAUUAAAGAUGAAGCUGAAGCAGCUGAGAAUUCCACACCAGGAGUCAAUGGCAAACGUCCUUCAACCGAUGAAUCUGGAACUAAUGUGAAAAAACGUCGUAGUACAAUAUUAUCAGGACACAGUUUGGUCCCUGCAAUGGUGCCAGAAGUAGAGCCUGAUUACACUACACCUAUUGAUAAACUGCAUAGUGAAGCAGUUCUAAAUUUUUUGUUACGCCUUGCCUGUCAGGUCCAUGAUAAAGGUACCACUCUGGGAUCUCCUGGUGAAUUACUGUCCAAGCGUUGCGUAGCACUUCUAAAAACAGCUUUGAAGUCAGACAUGUGGCCUUAUGCCGGUGAACUGAAAUUGAAUUGGUUGGACAAAAUGUUCAUGAGUGCAGAAGGAUCAUCUCCAAAUUUUGGCAAUAUUUGUACUGCACUAGAAUUACUUACCUAUUUGUUGGGUAUAAUGAAAAGAGAAGAUAUUUUAAUGAGUAUCAAACCUCUUCAAAGGGGUUUGGCUGCUUGCAUAGCCAGUUCAAAUUCGAAGGUUAUUAGGUUAGUGCAUGGACUAAUGACUCUCCUGAUGGGAAUCUUUCCUCCUGAAUCAACAACUGCUAGUGUUGCAUCAAAAUAUGAAGAAUUAAAAUGUUUAUACACCAGCCUGGGCGAGUUUAUUUCAGAGUGCUUGGCAUCAUAUGAGAAGAAUGCAAAAGCUUCACCUACUAGUUUGUAUGGCCCUCUAAUGAUGUUGAAAGCAGCUUGCCUUAACAAUCAAACGUAUAUUGAUCGUUUCAUUAUUCCUUUUAUGAGAGUACUUCAACGAAUGACUCGUGAACAUUUAAACCCUGCCCACAAGGAUCAACCUUCUAGUUGCGAACUACUUAUUCUUAGUCUUGAUCUGGUCAAAAAUCGUGUGGUUGUAAUGAGUGCAGAUAUGAGGAAAAACUUUAUUGGAUCUAUUUUAGUUGGUUUAAUUGAAAAAACUCAAGAAAUAAAAGUAAUGAAGGCUAUUUGCAAAAUGCUGAAAGAUUGGAUGGAAAACAAAAAUCCAAUUGCAAUCAACCAAACUCCAACAUUAAGGGAGAAAUCAAUUCUCCUUGUGAAAAUGAUGCAGCAUUUUGACAAUACAAUGGAGAAACGUAACAAUCUAGAUAAACGUUUCCCUGAUGAUUUAGAAUUACAUGCACAGUUUCUAGAUAUUAUCAAUUUUAUUUAUAGAGAUGAGACUUUAAAGAAGUCUGAACUGGCCACAAAAUUAGAACCUGCAUUCUUGCAAGGUCUGAGAUGUAUCCAGCCUUCUAUUCGAGCUAAAUUCUUUGAGAUAUUUGAUAGUAGAAUGGAACGUAGGUUACAUGAUCGUUUACUGUACAUAAUGGUUCAACAAAAUUGGGAGCCCAUGGGACCACAUUAUUGGAUCAAACAGUGCAUAGAACUGAUUGUGGUCACUGCGAGGCCAGAGGACAACAUUCGUAUUUGUGGUGAAGGCAACUUGAUGCCUCCUAUCACAGCAGUAUUGAAAACUGCUGACCCUGUUGAGAAAAUAAGUUUUCAGUUAGCCUUAGUUAAUGUAAAAGAUAAGGAGAACAGGAAAGCUUCCUUGCAACAACUUAUUGAAGGACAUAGUGAAUAUGUAGAAUCUAUUCAAAAUACACGCACUAUUGAUUUUUUGUUAGCCAUGGCACAAUUAUGCCAUAUGGAAAAGACUCUUGCAGAACGUAAUAUUGUUGCUGACUUGGUUCCUUUCCUAUCCAGUGGAGCCCAUGUUAUUCAGAAGGACUGUCAACCUAGUUCAUUAAAUACUUUUGUUGAAGCUCUAACUCUCUGUGAUAAUCCUCCUAUUUCUAUUAAACCAACACUAAUGAAAUACAUUGGUAAAUCUCACAAUCUUUGGCAUCGAAUGACAUUGAAACUUGAACAAUUGAUUCAUGAUGCUGGAUCAUCUCACCACAAGAGACAUGAAGAUUGUUAUGACUUCGAACCAUCAUCCACUCUUCACAAGGUCCAAGAAGUGGUGGACAAUCUAUCAGAUAUGUAUCAAAGUCUGCGAGAAGAAGAUAUGUGGUGUGGCUUGUGGCAAAAGCAUGCAAGAUAUGUUGAAACUACAGUCGCUAUUGCAUAUGAAACUCAGGGAUUUUUUGAACAGGCCCAAACAGCUUACGAAGUUGCAAUGUCUAAAAUCAGAGGAGAUGCAGGAUCAAGUGCAGUUACUCCCCUUAUUCAUGCUGAGAUGAAAAUGUGGGAAGAACGAUGGAUUAGGUGCUCUAAGGAACUGAACCAAUGGAGCCUUCUCCUUGAAUAUGGCGCUGAUGAAAAUACUCCAAAUCCUUUCUUAGUUCUGGAGAGUGCUUGGAGAGUUCCUAAUUGGCCCCAAAUGCAUGAAGCUCUUACGCAAAUAGAGCAUAAUUGCCCUAAGGAAUUAAUGUGGAAGAUGAAUUUAUAUAAAGGUUAUGUUGCAAUAUGCUCCAGUGAGACUCAACAUUUGAAUGUGAUAAAGCGAUAUGUGGAAAAUGCGUGGAUAUUGUGCAUGAGAGAGUGGCGGAGAUUACCAUCUAUUGUAUCACAUAUCCAUCUUCCUCUUCUGCAGGCUGCACAGCAGGUAAUGGAGCUUCAAGAAGCAGCUCAUGGCAGAGCUGGUACUUUCCAGGAUAUGAAAGCCAUUGUUAAAAACUGGUUUAAUCGAUUGCCUGUAAUAUCAGAUGACCUUAGUCACUGGAGUGAUAUUUUCACGUGGCGUCAACAUCACUACACUCAUAUUGCGACUCAUUAUGAAGAUCAAGAUCAAACAGGAAAUGCUCGCAAACUUGGUGUGCAGUCAUCUGCUCAGGCUUUGAUUCAUUUUGGUAAAAUUGCAAGAAAACAUGGAUUGGCUGGUGUCUGCCUCAAUACUCUGUCUCAUCUACGUUUGCAUUCUGUUGAAGAACCCCGUCUCAUUGACUGUUUCCAGGAAGUGCGACAGCAAGUAAAAUGCUAUGUCCACAAGGCUACCUUGAUGGGCAGAGGGGAAUUACAGAAGGGAUUGGAAAUUAUAGAUUCAAAUUUGAUGUACUUCAAGAAAGAAAUGUGUGCAGAAUUGUUUGCUUACAAAGGCACAUUGUUGGCUCAGUUGGGUCGUUCAGAAGAGGCAAAUGAAGCUCUUUCAGCAUCUGUCCAAUUACAUGAACAACUUGUCAAAGGAUGGGGAUUCUGGGGAGAGUAUUUUGAAAAGUUAUUUACUCGUGAUCCGUCCAACAUUUCUUUAGGGCAGUCUGCUGUUAUAUGUCUUUUGUAUGCCUGUCGACUUAAGAAUGAAAGCAAAGCAAGGAAAUAUUUAGCAAAGGUGUUGUGGUUGCUGACAUAUGAUGAUAGCAAAUCAACAUUAACUGCAGCUUUGCACAAAUAUGAAGUGGGCAUUCCAGCAUUGCAUUGGCUGCCAUGGAUUCCACAAUUACUAACAUGCUUGGUGGAAAACAAGGAUGAAUAUAUUUUUAAAUUAUUAAUUCGGGUUGGUCGAAUGUUUCCUCAAGCUGUGUACUUGCAAACAAGGACUAUGUUUUCUACAUUAAAAAUUGAACAACAAAUAGAAAAUAGAUACCUAACCGCAGAAAUGCAAGCCAAUAUAAAUAAACAGGGCACUGGUGGUAGUUCAGAUUCCCCAGGUUCAAAUCCAGGUAGUACAGGGUAUGUUUUGCAGACACCUCAGGACAUACCUGCCACAGAGUCUAUGAAGUGGUGUACUAGUUUCUUGAAUGAAUUAGGAACUGUGCAUCCUACUGUAUUGUCGUCAGUGGAGGGUAUUGUUGAAGGGAUUGUUGACCAGUUGGUGCGAUUCAGAGAGACUUGGUGCGAAGAAGUGUUACGGCAAUUGCGUCAAGGUUUGGCUAAGUGCCAAACCAUUGCAUUUGAAAAUAGAGGUGCUGUAGCUGAAGCCACUAUUACUCAACAUGUCCUCAACUUUUUGAAGAAAGUAGUGGAUAACUUUGGUGUUGGCAUUGAUUUAAAGGCCCAACAGAGUUUGUCUAAUGGUGCUUCUGAAAGCUUAGCAAAUCGUGCUCAAACAACUGUUCAAGAUCAUGAAUUUGAAUCAAUGAAGCUACAUUUCACUAACGACUUCGAUUUUUCUAAACCUGAUGCAACAAAGCUUCAUAAUUGCAUUCAAAAACUCUGGAAAUGGAUUAAUAUUUUGGAUGCCAAAGUUAAAACAUUACCAAAGUCAUUUCUUAUUGAAAACAAAUGCAGAUUUCUCAGUAAUUUUAGUCUCCAAACAGCUGAAACCCGUGGAUCUCAAGCUAGUAUACAAGUGUUGAGAGAAAUUUUGCAGAAAGUUCAAUCAACUACAGUUCCUCGAACUGUGUUACGUGAUUGGGCAAUAAGAACUUUCCCUGGGGCUUCUGAUUAUUGGACUUUCAGGAAAAUGUUCACUCUUCAACUGGCUUUGGCAUGCUUCUCUGAAUAUGUAUUUCAUCUUUCACGCAUGAAUCCUGACAUGAUGUAUUUGCAUCAAGAUUCUGGUCUUAUGAACAUCUCUUACUUCAAGUUUGAUGUAAUGGAUGAUGCAGGGAAUCUGGAUUCCAGUCGACCUGUUCCAUUCAGGUUGACGCCCAAUAUAGUUGAAUUCAUCAGUAUGAUUGGUGUUAGUGGACCUCUUACUUCAAGUAUGAUUGCUGUUGCUCGUUGUCUGGUCCAACCAAAUUACAAAGUACAAUCCAUUUUGUUGGCCAUUCUUCGUGAUGAAAUGAUUGCAUAUCAUAAAAAGAAACCAGACUGUCAACAAGAACCAAAUUCAAAUCCAGCAGAGGAUAAAGACCUUCUUAUUAAUAUGGUUACACGAGCUGCAUCAACUAUAAUGACACGACUCAAUUCUUUGGCUAAUUUUGAUGGUGUGGAAAGCAAGGUUAGUGCUUUAGUUGCUGCAGCAAUGGAUCCAAAUAAUUUGUGUCGUAUGGAUCCUGCUUGGCAUCCCUGGCUCAUCCUAAAAAGUGAAAAAGCUGAAUUACUUUAUUUGAACUGGAAAAUUUAUAUAAAAACUUUACAUGAUGAAUACUGUGUGAAGUUAAGUUGUGUAUUUGUAUUUACAAGUAUACAAUUUUAUGUAAUGACUAUGAUGCUUGCAUUA